AAUAUGGCGACCACGCACAGCCGUCCAAUCAGCUUCCUCCAUGCAUAACAGCUGGCCAAUGACAGAGUCUGCAUCAGGCUGGAAACUAUUCAACAUGGAGACAACAGUUGAGAAGCUAGAGGCGAUGUUCCUCAAGUCGGAGGCAGACCUGGAGUACAUUGAGAAGCGGCUGAAGCUGGACUUCCUCAACAAAGCUUCAGCGAAUGGAUGUCCCACUGAGGAGAACCCGGCAGUGAUGCUGGAGAACCUAAGGGCCAUCAAAGCCAAACACACAGCGCUGUGCUCGCAGGUGAAGGAGAUUGCAGAGGCACAGAAAGAAUCCAUGGACUCCAUCAGAAACAACCUGAGCACGGCCAUGGAGCUGGUACAACACUUCCAGCAGACCACUGAUGUGCAGGUUGAUCCAUUGACAGAGUCAGAGCAGGAGUCGGCAGAGCUGCUGGAUACAUUUGUCGGGGAGACCCCAGAGACGCCGCCUGCUGCAGCAGCGUUUACACCCCAGCAGUCACAGAGCUGUGAGUAUGAGGAGCUGAGUGACGCCAUGUUUGAGACUCUCCCUCUCAGCGUACGCGCCAACAUCAAGCUGGCCGACCUCAACACGUUCUACCAGCAGCUGCAGCAGCACAGUGGCAAAGACAGUUGCCCCCCUUGUGUGCAGAAGAUGAAGCAGAUGAAGAUGAAGGUGAGCGAUGCCAAGCUGAAGGCCCUGCAGCAGCUCUCUCUGGUGGAGCUGGACAAGAAGGGCCACGUCUGCCUCGUCAUAUGAGGCGCACCCGCACCCAGAGACUGUUGAGUGAGGGUGGGAGGUGUCUGUGGAUUUGGCUGCUGCUCCAUCUGGAGUAGUAGAGUUACUGAGGGCUCCCACAUGUUUGUGGGUACAUUGGCCAUAUUAUCCGCCCUCAUGCUGCUUCCUGUUGCAGUUUAUUAUUUGUGCAGGUGAAUAUAACAACAGGUUUGAAGCGUGAUGGGUUUUCCAAUGCUCAAGCUGCAUCUGGUUUUUAAUUAGGUGACAUCUAUAACUGACACACAUCACUCAAGAACUUUGUCAAAGAAUUUUAAGUUGAGAUAAAGAGUGGCAAUUAUUGAUAAAUGUCUUUAUGAGUGAUGUUCCUUUACUUCACAGCAGUUUGACUGUAUUAUUCAGUCAAAAGGAAUAUAUUUGUGUAACAAAGAUGGAACCAAAAGCAGAAUUGUUAAUAUUUAAUAUUAAACUUAUACAUUUCACUUCACAGGAAAACAGUCUUUGUAAAUAAUAUUUUUUCCCCAAAACAUUCCUAAACAGCACAUUGGAUAAAAUAAAACAGCUCUUUCAAAUGGCUCUAACGCUGAAAACUUUUUACCUGCUACAUAAAAACUGAUCUGUUUAUAUCAAAGGAAUUUCUGAACACAUUUUUUGAAAAUGUAAAUGAAUACAGCUCUGUCUUUAAUACUAGUAACCGUGCUUUAAAAGCCAAACAUUCUUGUACAUAACAGAACAAACACCAUAAAGAACAUUUCCUUGUUGGUCUGACUGAUGAACAGGGAGCCUGGUCCUCACACACUCCUCCUGUACUGAUUAAAAAAAGUAAUUUAUUUGUAAUUUGUUUGAUAAACGCAUCCAUUGUUCAGCUUUGUUAUCAACUGUACAGAUUGUGUUAUGGAAGUGUGUUUUGUGCAGUCCUGCACUUUGGAUACAAAGUCUAUUUCAAAUAAAACUGAUUGUAAAUAC